AUGUGGCAAGAAGCGAGAAGACAGGAGAAAAAGUUGCGGGGAAUGAUGGUGGAUUAUCGAAAAAGGGCAGAAAGAAGGAGGGCUUUCUACGAGAAGAUGGUUGGAUUAUAUUUAAUUUUUUACUUGUUAUCGUAGAUGAAGGAUUAUGAGGCAAGGAAGGUAACAUUGUGACCAUUUCCGCGGAGGAACUGGACUCAUCGCCCAAAAAUCAAAAUCAAAUUUAGCCUAUACUUCUUAGAGUUUAUACUCAUUGAACAUUAAAUGUUCACUAAAUUUUAGUAAACACUGACUCAUUUUGUGUCAGAAGAAUGACUGAUAAACUUGCAUGGUGCUAAAUGAUAUUACGGAUACAACUGCUUUUUAUUAACUUACCGGUAUUUCCAUUUGUAUCGAUAAAAUUCUCUGUUAUCAUUGCAGGGCUGUCAUUAACAGGCUGGGGGCGGUGGUGGGGGGCAGGGAUUCCCCUUGGCUACUAUGAAUGUGGUCCCCAGCUCCUUUCACAGAAAAAUAGAACCAAAAGAAAUCCCUAGCUGUUUGAUUCCCCACCUACUUCUUGUAUUCACCUGGCAACUUAUAAUCUUACCGACAUCCCUGACAUUGUAGUGGAAUUGUGUUUGUCGUAAAAGAGUGAGUUUUCACAACCUUUCACAAGACCACUUUUCUAGUUUUGGUACUGUAUGAAUCAAUACUUACAUUAUUUUCUUUUUACUGACAUUUCCACAGAGGCUAGAUCCAACCCAGUUUCUUAGACUCUAUGGACAAAAGUGUAAAAUCCACAUUGAUCCACAGUUAUCUGCAGCAGGGGAUGGCAAAUCUGUAAUGUGAGUGAAAACAAAAAUAGACUAGAUGUGGAAAAUUCUGAAGUUGAUAGCUUGAAAAAAAAAAAAAAAAUUCAUACUCCCCCAUGAAGGAAAUUUUUGGUUUGACCCCAGCCCUCCUCCCCCUGGAACCUUCACCCCUCUGGAAAUUCCUGUCUAGCUUCAGACUUUUCAGUGAAAAUGUUUGCUUAUAACUUUUUCAUUAAGAUCUACCUUUCUACCUUUUGAUUGUUGAUAUGUAGUAAAGCAAUAUUACUUUUGUCUCAAUUUACCGAUUUUAGACUGUGAAAGGUUUGAACCCAAGAAUUAUUUCAAAAGUAGGUUGAGUUUGAUCGUUCGGGUGAACGUAGUCCUGAAUAGGACUGUUGUUGUUGAGAGUGACUGAAGUUUCCACAACCUGUGCGGUAGUCAUCUUCAGAGUCAAAGUGAGUUGUUUCACGUUAGUUGAUGGUAUUACACUCUGUUACUGUUUCUUUUUUCAGGAUGCCUUGGCAAGGUGAUGCGAACAAUAUGAUUGACAGGUAAGUUAUUAUGGGUUGGAAAGUUAAUUUUUAUAUAGGUUCAACUCCUGUUGGGAGGUACUUGUAGUGUUUCCUCUGAGCCCCUUGUGUCACUGACUGAAUAAAUAUCAUUCUCAUUUACUCAUGAGGCUCAAAAUUCACCAUCUCAUCUUAAUCAUGGCACAUAAGUGCAUAUCGACAUCCUAAUCCAAGCAGUACGCAGAGUGUUUGUUACGUGAACCUAGUUUAGUGACCUCAGGUCCAGCGAGCUGGUCUCUCAUAGCUUAGUGGUAGAGCAUCUGAUUGACUGGUAACCUGGCCUUGGUUGUUCAAAGGCUGGAUAGCAUUAUCCACCGGAUAAAUCUCUAUCUAUCCUCUGGUGUAGCGCAAUUCGGGUUUUCCAAAUACUUAUCCACUGGAUAGUGAUUUAUCCGAUGGAUAGUGCUAUCCAUCUUUUGAACAACCCAGGCCAGAUAAAGCUCUAUCCAGUGGAUAGUACAAUUAGUUCCCCAAUACUUAUCCGCUAGAUAGCGCUAUCUAACGUUUCAACAACUGGGGCCAGAAGGUCAUAGGUUUGACUACCAGUAUUUUUUCAUAUGAGCCACCUGUGUCACUGACUGAAGAAAACGUUUUUUUAAAUUUAAUAUUGUCUUCAUUAUCAUCGUCAUAUCAUCUUUUAUAGGACCAUCAUUAAAAGCAACAGUGAGUUUAUGACAAAACACUAUCAUGAAUCAACCUAAAAAACAAGAAGACACUGAUAUUAGUACUAAAUGCAGGGUUGUCACUAAGAUUUCAAGUUAUCAGGUGUAUACAAUAUUAUUAUUAGGGAGGGAAUUGAACGGCUAGAAAGUUCCAUUGGUUCUGUUUUCCUUUUGUUUCCUGUGGAAUCAUUCCAGGUUCAUGCUUAAAGCCACUAAGUGGAAAUCCUCAGCCACUAGUCCUUGACAGUCUUAGAUAAAUGUGAAUACAAUAAUAUUUGAUUAUUUUCAAUUUCAGGUUUGAUGUCAGAGCGCACUUAGAUAUUAUUCCAGAGCAACCAUCAUCAAGCACAUUUGGGUAAAACACCAAAUCUCUUUUGUUUUAUUUCUUUAUUGUACUUGAAGCAUUUUCUCCAGUAGCCUUGAAAUACACAGUUAACAACUCUCUUUAAGGCAGAUGCCAAACACUUUAUGAAACUACAAUGGCAAGAGCAAAGGGAAUGCGGUUCUUAGUUUAUUUUUUAUCUAAUUUCAUCUCUUCUUGGGUAGCAAGGGUGGUGCAGUGGCUAGAGCACUCACCUCCCUGGCACCAGUGUGGCUCAGGCUCAAAUCAGGCGUCUACGUCAAAAGUGGGUUGAGUUUGUUGUCAAUUUUCUCUAUUGCCCUGAGAGUUUUUCUGAGAGUACUCUGGUUUAAAUAUUUCCCUCUCCUCAAAAACCAACAUUUUCAAAUUCCAAUUUGACCAGGAAUGGUAGGCACUACCAUAAUGUUUGAAUGUGCUAGUACUUCUAAUUAAUUUAAUGUUAUUUAUUUAUUUCAUUUUUCAGACCUUUGAUGGAGACUGAUCCUGAGGAACACAGGUUGAAUUAUGAGAGAUACAGAACACUGGUAAUGAUAGAUGCUAGUGGAGGUCAGUAAUUAACUUGCUUAUAUCCCUCAGUGGAGUCAGGCCAAGUGUGGUUCUGAGGAACUUGUGAAGCAGACACCUUCUUCUCACACACAGCAGGGACUAUGGGUUCCAGUGUGUGGGGUUUCUUAGGUUACAUUGUAGUUCAAAUUUCAGUUUUUUUAGUUGCCGUUUGCCACUGCCUGACCUGCCCCACCCAUCUGCCUUUAGGCUAUGUACAGCUACCCCCUUCUCUGAGGGCAGCUGUACACAGGCUAACCAACCCUCCUUCAUAUUGACAUAAUGACAACGGCUGCCAAACUAUCAGAACUGAAAUUGUAGGUGUAAGCCUUAUCUCAAGGCCUAAUUCCCUGGGCAACCUGGGUAAAAGAGAGAUUAUAAAGAAAAUGGCAUGGUAAAUUAUUAUUUCCUGCAUAUGUUUAGCCUGCUUUAGCUUUAGGAGGACUAUAAACACAACUAAUAAAUUCACUAUGGCUUGGCACACGACGUAUCGAACGCUUUCUGCCAUGGUGACCAAGCUGGUCACAGCUUGAAGUUUUUUUACACAGGCAUAGCCCUGUAACUUUUUGUUGCAAAGGAUGGGUGUACUGUUUUAAUCAUUUUAAAUUUUAAAUUCUUCUUUGUAGCUUCAGAGGAAUCUUACCUUCGGCAGUUGGAAAUAGAGGAGAUGUAUGGGGUGAAAAAAGAUGAUGACAAGAAAGACAAAGAGAAGUAAGAAAAACAAUCAUAAAGUACCACUAAUAAAAAUAUUGAAGUACUGCUAAUAAUUAAUAAGAGGACGCUAUUUUUAUUAGUCAUUUCCCCUCCCACAGACAGGCAGUACUUCCCAUUUAUUUUUAAAAAACCAUCUGGCUAAAGAUCUUAUGCAUGAUAAUUAAAAAAAAAAAACAUUGUAGAAGAUGGACCUGCUAUAAAACAAAGCCAAACUAAUCAGCUCAAGAUGUUAAAAGAAUGGGAAAAAUACAUCCCUCAAAUGACAGCUCAUCUUUUAUGAAGCUUCCCAAAUGAAAUGGAGUGAAUCUUUUGAUUUUCCAGUUGUUAAAACGUCUGGUUUCUCCAUGUUCUGUAAAUUGUAGAAAAGUAUUCAGGACCUCCAUGUAUAUGUUGUGGUUCAAUUUUAUCCUUGGUUUAAAUUUUCUUUGUUUUAAACUUGUGGUCAUACAUUACCAUAUCCCAAAACAAAGGAAAAUAAAAUUUAAACCAGGUUACCAGAACUAUUAGCUUGCACCAGGCUCUCAAUUAGUGCAGACAAGUCAAAGAAGAGGUGCAAGCGGUGAAAAACCAAGCAUAUAAAAAACAGAGGGAAGAGAGAAGGAAAGAGGCUGUUAGCAUCUUUUUAAAUGCCUCAGUUUGCCCACUACUCUGCCCACUUUCAGAAAAAACCAGUUCUCAUGUCAGAAUGUCAAAAUACGUGGUGUUCGAGGAUUUCACAUAAUGUUUGACUCUGUGUGCAUGAAACCAAGUGAUUGACGUAAAUUAUGAUGUAUACUAUCAAAAUUGACCAAUCAUAUGGAACUGGUAUACCAUGAUGAAGUAUUCAAAACAAUGCUUACGGAAACAAAAACAAUGCUACUGUUUUUGAGCCCAUUUUGGACUGUCUUGGUGCAUGGAACAGGCUACAGAUCUGUUCAAAGGCUGUGCCAGUUUCUAAAUUUUUUCCUCUCCUAGUGAUCAGCGUAGUAAGUUUAUCUGCAAAACAGCGCCGAAAUCCUUGUUGUGGGGCCCCACAGGUGUACCAGGAUUUGAGUACACUCCAUGAUUUGCCUGUUAAAAAUGCCAUUGUUGAUUGCCAAUUAGGGUGAAAGGAAAUUCGAAACACUCUUCUGGUAAUUCAUUGAGUCUGUUGCGGGCCCAGAACAAGGAUCUCGGUAUUUCUUCGCAGACAAUACUUACCAGGGUUAAAUUAUGUCUUCGAUGCAUGAGAUCUGCAACAUCCUUCUGUACAGGCCCUUGGUCUUCCAACUGCACCAACUAACUUUAAAAGUUGUCAACAACCAGUGUAAUGUGCUUUCUUUCCUGUAUUGAUUGUUAUGUUUUAGAAGUCAAGCCAAGGCAACCAUAGGCUUCUCAUAUGACAAUAGUGGAGGUGUUGGCAACUCCGACAAGGAAGAUGAUGAUGAUGACAGUGACAGCGAUAGUGUUCUUAGUGACAUUGGUAAGAAGUUAUUCCUGAUCUUUGAACAUCAUUAUUUGUUUGAUUAUGGGCAACGGAAUUGUUGGUGAUAAGUCUUAUCUGACGAGCUACUUGUGUAACUGGUGGUCGCGUAUUAAUUCAUUUUUCUAUCUGUGUGUUUACACUAAUUUUCUGACAAAUUUCCCAUAUUUAAACACCAGCAGAAUUUACAGUCCUGUUGCACAUCUGGCUCAACAGAUGUUAAGGUAGACUCUCCAGCUUCCAUUUUUAAUUAAAAGUAAAAGGACUAUGUUACUCGGGAAUCAUUCCAAUAAGAAACUGGGCUGCCGAUUGGACUAUCAACUGAGGGUUUUGCCAUUUUAAGGUUUUCUUUGGUGGCAGACAAGUUCAUGAUUUGAUCUUUUUAACUAUCGACUGGUAAAAGAAUCAACGAACAGUUAGGAAAUCAGUCAAACAAAAAUCGCUUUAUUACACCUGUAAAGCCCCGUGCAAACGGACCCAACAUUGUCGGCCAACAACUCCCAACAUUGUUGCAUCUUCCUGUACACCCUGUUACAUGUUGUUGGGAGUUGUUGUGCAAAGUUUGAAACCGGUCAAACUUGCAGACGGACACAACGUGCAGACGGACACAACAACUCGCAACAUUGUUGGGCCAACAACGUUGGGAGUUGUUGCGUCCAUUUGCACGUACCUUAACUGAAAAGGACAAUUUCUUUUGCAGAUGUUACAGUGGACAUUGAUGAAAUCGAUGCAAAUCAGGUAAUGACCUUUAUGCUUUUGCCUUUUUUGUCCUUUUGCUAUAUGAACAUUGUUUAAAUUUUGGGUUUUAUUGUAUCUUCUCUGUCUGUCAAAAGCGCGAGACCCUGGAUACUCGAGGACUGCAUUAUGGAAUGGCUUCAGCUCAGUUUUGCAGGUUUGUAAUGAAAAUUCAAAAUCAUUUAAGUUUCAUUCUUCAAUUAGGAGGACACCUAAAAUGUAUUAGACCACUUAAAACUGAAUUACAAAAUAUUGUUAAUACGUUUUUAUCCCGUAGAAAACUGAAAGAAGAUAAGGAAGAAAUAGAAGAGCAAAGGAGACUUCGACAAGAAGAGGAAGAACGGUCGCUUGUCACUGUAGGUAGCCAGUUCAUUCUUUAGACCACAGGCAACAACCAAACACAGCGCGCGUAGCUUUCAGUGCAUUGUAUAAACUCUCAUAAACCAUAGCUCUCGUUCAAGAGCACGCGGAAAAAUUGCUCAUUUAUUGUAAAACAGCUCUUAGACUAGCAAGAGUUACGGUUCGCAUUGAAAGUUGCUCUUCCCCGUGGCAGCCAUCUGGCUUCGUAAUCUUUGAUGUUCUGUUUUCCGCGCAAGCCAGGGAGAGAUUACUUUGAGGAGACUCUAAACACAACACACAGUCUUUGAAAACUGAUUUUCUAACUGAAUUUGAAACAACAAUUCAAGCUUAGGCGCUGUCCACACGUAUCCGGAUAUUUUCAAAACGGAGAUUUUUUUUCUCCGUUUUCAAAAAAUACGUGUCCCAACGUAGCGUAUUUGAAUCCUUUUCGCCCGUCCACAUGAAGACGCUAAAACGAUGGAAAUACGAUAACGUCCAUCAUGAUGCUAGUAGUAUAAAUUAUAAUGUGUAACAUCAUCGUGUUCGAAAACCUCCGUUUGCGUCCGUCCACACGUAAACGAGAAGCCGGCGUUUUUUAAAAUCUCCACUUCAGGGACCGUUUUUAAAAGAACGCCGUUCGCGUGUGGACGGCAGGCUAAAACGGAGAAAAAAUCUCUUGUUUUAAAAAAUAUCCGGAUAAGUGUGGUCGCGGUCUUAUUUUGAGCGCCAUUCUACGUUAGGGUCGACGCGCAAAACGUGAAAGACGCUCGCUGCGAGAAAAGCAACGAAGGAAAGCCCACGGCCACCAUGAUGUGGAGCAGUCACCACCAAGGUAGAAAAUUGUAUUGUGCAUGCAUCCCUUUUUUUUUAAGUUAAUAAUAAUAAUAAUAAUAAUAAUAAUAAUAAUAAUAAUAAUGGAAUUUAUAUAGCGCUUAUACAUCGCUGUUCUAAGCGCUUUACAAUGUAAAAAAGGACAUAAGAAUAUCAUUAAGCACAAGCUUACAUAUAACCCUACUGUACACAUCUUAAAAAAGAAAGAAAAAAACAAACAAACAAACAAAUAUGACGAAACUAAAUGUCAUAUACCCUUUUAAGUUUUCAGUAUCGUAUUUACAUGUAGCCGUUGAUAGAAUACCAUGAAACUUGAUUAUGGGACAGAGAAGUGAUAGAGGUGAUCUAUAAUUUUUAUAGAGGGAAUCAGGGAAGUACACGAAGCGAAGAAAGAAGUCUUUGAACUUUGGUGGAAUCGAACACAACAUCGUCCAGAUAAGAGCUACCGUUGUUCUGUCAACCGAGCAACGCUUGCGAUUUUCGCUAUCUUUUGGCUGGUAAAAGCCGCGGUUUUUGAGUUUAACUUGUUUCUUUCGUUAGACUGGUAUUUAUGUUUGACCUUUUUGUUGUUGUAUAGCUAUGCCAGGAAAGCGAGUCCUACAUAUGAACCAUACCGAAGGUAAAGAAUUAAAACUCAUCUACACUGCUUUUUUAACUUUUCUUAUAAGAACGUUCAGCCUGAAAUUUUCAAAAAUAACAAGAACAUGCUGAGAACAUACCCGAGGCUCAGAGAAGAACGAUAUAAUUUUCACUGCAAUCUAGAAAAUCUGAAUUCCAUAAUUACCUGCAUGGAAUCAGAGUGCACGUAAAAUUUUCUUCUUUCAAUACAUUCCAUUGUGUAUGGUUAUCCUGCGUAGCAAGCGUUUCCGUUUGGUUUCGGGGCAAAGAAAGACCGCGCGAGAAAUGGAACAAGAGCCACCCGUCCCCGCUCUUUUUUUCGCGCCAUUUUCGCGUGGUCUUUGACUCUGGUUCCUUGUUCGUUGCUUCGAUACCGCAAGGAAACGCUUGCUACGCAAGCUAGUGUAUGGUCAAGAAUUCAUUUACAUCGUGCUUGUACAAUUCAUCAAUGGAAAACUAUAAUCAUUGUCUUAUCUUGUCUAUAUGUAGCUUAAAAGUUAUCAGAUUCCCGUUGUUGAAAUUUAAGAACAUCCGUAAGAACAUGUCCAGUCUGAAACUGCCCAGGAAAUAAGAACGGUCUAGCGUGUAAUACGUUCCAAGGAGUAACAUUUCUCUUUCUCAAUUAAUAGGUCGUCGUCACGAUCGUCAUCGCGAUCACCGUCUCCCGAAAUAGCAGGAAAGGUCGAGUACAUCACAGAAUUCAGCCAUGCAGGCGCUGAUGAACAGACGACCAAGAAAGCGGACGGUGAUUCACAUUCGCAUUCAACCUCCUCCCGGUCGGUUUACUUUACUUUGUUACUCGCUAGAACCAUCUGACCAGCAUUAGGUCGAUUGUAAGAGACGAAACUGGGCCCUGAGUAUACCGUUUACAUUGCUUGAACGCCUAUUCGCCUCUUUAGAAAUCACAAGGGAACUGGAGCCGAAGUGCGUCCCGCAGUUGUUUCUGGGAUUGUUACCGGUGACGCAUCAGUCAGCUAUUGGCCAAUUUUUUUCCUUGUCUCCAGUAACAGUCCCAGAUGUCUUUGCGAAAGUUUACUCGGCCCAGUUCUCUUCUUGCUUCUUAAGUGUCGAAUGUGGGCCGAGGAAGACUGGGUUGGUGUUGUGUCAAAUUGCACUGUGGGACUGUUAUGCAUGGUGAAAUUGAGUUAGCAUUUUUUUUCCAUCUGCCUAAAACCCCUUGGACAGCUUGUGAAGUUUACAUGACGUAGUAUUUUUUUUGGCUUCUGUUUUCCUUGUACUCUAGAUACUGUAUGUAGUAUGGAAACGAGAAGAAAUACUACGUGUUGUUGUUCAUAAGGUGUCAAGGGGUCUUAAGUCGAUAGGAUCUAAUGCUAACCGACGAAUUGAGCCCAUUUUCCCGCGCAGACCCGUAACAGCCAAUGAAAAAGCGAUUGCGUCUCCAAACCAUUCCCACUAACCAAUUCGAAAGGUGCAACGUCAAAAUUUGUAAUUAACAUAAGCUACCUCACUGCUGUAACGAACAUCUAAGCCUUUGCUUAUUAUCGUAAUCCCUUACUGUUUAAAAAUGGCAUGGCGCUAUCGACAGGAUAAAUUUCUGUUCGAUCGUUAAGGUUAAAGAAAGCUAAUAACGCUAUCUGCUGGAUAGAGAUUUAUCUUGGGGUUAGCACUAUCCAUCUUUACGUCUGGGGUUUUAAGAUUAAACCUCAGCCGACUCAUUAAAAAUAAAAAUACUUGAGUAUUUUUAUUUCACUGCUCGUUUGUGUUCUGUUAUUGUUUUUUCGAGGGCGUAGUUUUGUGUUAAACUGAGAUAGCUACUCAGGUGUUUAAGUCAAUAAACCUUUUGAGGAAUUAAAAUUUCACAGAAUUAAGCAAUUUUUCCUGCUGUCUCACCAUCACAAUUUAAUAUUUGAUAAUCAUUUUACAUUACUUUUUGGAACUAAUUUUUCUCCGAUUUUUUUUCCUUACAAAUCCCCCCUCCCCCCCUCCCCCCCCCAGAAAAGGCACAAAGUGAUAACAGUUGUGGUUUUUGGGUGCUGCUGACAGCAUGAUCAAGAGGGGACGAAAUUACAAAACAUUAACAGGGCACUGAGCAAACCUAUACCAUUCAGCACCAAGCAUAAUAGAUGCACAAAAUAGUUUCUGUAACGCCGAGAAACACCGAGAAUUGUGAAAACUUUUGUCAGUUAAGAUUUGGUGUUUUCUAUUUUAGUUGAUUUUGUUCUUUUCUUUUUCCUUCACCUUCAUCUGUGAUGAACAACUCAACUUUACCGUACGAUGAUCAACGCCUCUUACCGUUUGUUGCCCGUCUGACUUUGUUUUCUGAUGACGAUCUCUUGGUUCUACAAUGAUUGCUCUUCAAACACAAACCCUGGUAUGUAAAAAUAACGUCCAUCUGUGAUUUGCUGCUUCUAUUUUGACUUUUUGUGUAUCACUAAACGUGAUGUAACCUUGUUGUACAAAUCAUCAAUAGUACUACUUCAGAACGGAAGAAGUCGAAGGAGCGUGACAGGUCCCAGUCACACAAGAAACGGAGAAGUAGAACACGUUCAAGGUCACGGGACCGCGAACGACGACGUUAUCAUGGGAGAUCACGUGAUAGAUCCCGCGAGAAAAGUAGGUCACGAGAUAGAAGCCGAUCACGUGAUAGGAGCCGGUCACGUGACAGAAGUCGAUCACGCAACAGAAGCAACUCGCGUGAUAGAGAUCGUCACGGUGGUCGUGGGCGUGACAGGCAUAAGUAUCACAGUCGAAGCAGAAGCCGAAGCCGGAGCCGAAGCCGUGACCGUGAUCGUGAUCGUGAUCGUGAUCGUGAUCGUGAUCGUGAUCGUGAUCGACGGGAGCGUGACAAUGGGCGUGACAAUAUCAGCAAGCAGAAAAAAGUGUUACCCACCAAGGCCCUUGGGUAAGCCACUUAAUUCUACGAGAUCUCUCUUUGUCUUGUCGACUAUCAACGUCUUUGAAAUUGCGCUAAAAUGUUCUCUCCUCAAGUGUAAAACUAAUGUAGAGGGAAAUAUUUUAAAAUCCUCGUGUAAGGCACAAAUAUUUGGCUAGUUUCAGCAACCUUAAGCCCUGACUUUACUUGUAUUUGUAUUUGUCAAACGUAGGUUGUUGAAAAACAAAACAACGCCUUCGUCGGGCAACAAAGAAAAGGUACGUAAUUGUUGAUGAAGUUGAUUGCAGGACAUGCUAUAUUUUAUGAGGCCAAACCAAACGAACGAAAGAACCAAUCACAACUUGAAACGCCGGGUCUACCUGGCUGAAUUUGAAAUCAACGCCGCCGCGAAAGGUUAUGCGAUAAACUAGGUUACCUUAACGUCUUUUUAAAUGUUUAAAACUGAUUUUGCAAAAUGUCAAAAUAGUUUUCCUUAGUAAUGAUAGGUCGAACUUAUUGUGGUACUGUUUCUUUUGAUGUUGUUUUACGUGUGACUUAUUAUGCAGCUUACAUUGCAUUUGCAUUGCAUAAUGGAAUGCUCAUGCAUUGACACUGCACGUUGCCUAUUGUCUAGCACAUUACAUUGCCUGCUCUAUUACAACCUGUUUUUGUGUUGCAACGUUGACCUUUAUUCGCAGAUGACCGCUCAGGAGAAGAUGAAAAAACGAAUGCAGAUGAUGCUCAACAAACAGUGUAAGGCCUUGUAGUUAUUACACCGUUGUUUUUCGGUUUCUCAAACUAACUUCUGGAAGAUGAUUUUGAGGAUUGCCUCUUUCAUUUGUUUGUUCGUUUGUUCUUUCUGGUUGCAGUGAAGACAGACAGAAAGGAGGACAGAAGAAAAAGAGAAAUAAAAGAACAAGAAAGAAGGGUAAUUUUUUUUUCCUUUAAGAGAGAUGUGAUAUUUGGCGUAUCAUCACCAGGGCCUCUCGUCCUCUAGAAAACGCGAAGGAUGAAAGACCCUGGAAACAAGAUUGACCGAGAGGGUGUUGAGGGCUCUGUUUUGUAAGAGGGAACUGUUGAUUCUGAUAAGUAACUAUUCCCCUUUUUAGAAACGAGAAGGAAACUGGAGCCGAAAUGCGUCCCGAUCGGGAUCGGGAUCGUUACUGGUAACGCGCCGGUCAGCUAUUGGCCAUUUUUCUCCCUGUCUCUAGUAACAAUCCCAGAAGUCUGCGCGAAAGUUAACUCGACCCAGUUUCUGUCUUGUUUCUUUAGUGGCGAAUUUUAAGUGUGGUGUAUGCUGUAUUCUGUACUCGUUUAGUAAAAAUAGCUGAUUUUUUUUUGCUGCUUUUAAACUUACAGGAACGAGAGGAUGAUUUACGUGAGAUGCAGCGAAAAUGGCGCGAACGGUAAGGUGGACGCGAACGGAUUUGAUUCUUCUUGAACACUGUAAUUGAGAACAUUUAUGCAAGUGUUUGUCACUUAAAUCAUUUCCCGAAGUUACCUCGUUACUUAAAAAGAGUCACUCUCACUGUUAUCUUUUGCAGAGAUAGAGACAGGAGAAGUAGAUCUUUAUCUCCACGAGGUAAAUAAAACGUUGACUGUAAUCCACAGCAUGACCGUCACGUUCUAUACUUGGCUUGGUGCUUGAAUCCACAGACACCGACCUAGAUACCCUUACACAGUGAAAUACCAAUAUCUAUAUUUAGGUCGAUGGGAUUCUCAAGAAGUAAUUAGUCCAGUCGUAUAGAAGACGUAUCUGAAUUUUUUUCCACAAAAAAUCAGAACCUUCAUUGACUGAAAAAAUUCCAAUUGACCAAUGAUAUGCGUUUCUUUUCUUUUAUCUUUUACGAUGGCUUUUGGUAGACAAGCUUAACUAGCGAGCAAAUACGACCAGAAUCCUUUUUGCGAAUGACCAUAUUAUGGCGACUUCAACGUAGACCUUCUCAAAACCGACGACUAAGGACUUCAAAGUAGAUGUAACUUGUUUAAUAAUUUUUUUCUUUUUUAGCGAAUAAUUACGCGGGGCAGGGUAUCAUUUUAAACUUCAAAUUAUGCUCCCUACAUAAAGUUGUUAUUACGUCUAGUUUUUCUUUCUUUUCCACUUCACCCCCCGCCUCGAUUAGCUUAAGUUAAUUACGGGUUGCGUGAUAUAUUUCCUUUUUCCUUUUCACUCUGCUUUUAUUUCUUUGGCAAUAAAGUUGAUGUUGUUGUUGUAACGUUUGUGCCUGUGGUUCUCAGUAAUAAAAUAGACCUCAAAGUGUUGUGGAUCGUGUACUUUUGUGAAGUAUUUGUGUUAUAUCUCGAAGCUUUUACUUGAAACAUUUAGCACCACUGUAAGAAGAAUCUGCCCGGAAAUGACAGCUCAUAAAGGCAACUGCUUUCUUUUGUUUGCAGGACAUCGAAGAAGUGUGUCUAGAUCGCCCCCCAGGAGGUAUGAAGCCUUUUUAAUCGGCUUAUAUCAGCCAGAAAUGGCGAGCUGUUUGUUUGGUUGAGAAUCCUCAAAUGUCACGGACUUGAGCGGUAAAAGUUGAGCCAGAGUCAGUUAUUACUCUGUCCAAUUACAAUUCGACUAGACGAACAAAGGAACCAAUCACAGCUUGAAGCCAGUACAUGUAGCUGAUGCCAUGUGCCAAUGCGCGGGAAAACCCGUCGGUGUUGGGUUCUACACUUCUAUUUCUGAUUGGUUAAGAAAGUGGCGUGAGUGUCUUCAGCCAAUCAAAAAGCGUCGUUGUGUAAGACCAACGCCUUUGCGCACUCAACUGAAAACCUCUUUAUGACCAAAUUUGCGCAACAAAAGAAAAACAAGCAUUCUGCUAGCUUUAGUCGUAUGAAGUCAUCGUAUAAAUGUCCUACAGGAUAAUAUUUUUUGCCAAACCAUCUUUCCUCCAUUACGUUUUAUUCUGGAUUAAACACCUGGCCUGCUCUCAUAGGGAAAGUUGUAGAUAAUUCCCCAAGCAAUCUGUUGUUGGUAUAAUGCAGUUAAAGUAUGAUAGCAAAAUUCCCAGUUCCAUGUAUCAAGAAAAAAAGAAAAGUAACCCUUUCCUUAUGAAACAAAUUAUCUGAAGAUUCCAGCUAAAUUCAAAGAUUGAAAUUUACAUUAUAUAACGUUACCAUCUUUUAACACUUUUUAAACUGAUUUUGCAAAAUAGUGAAAUAAUUUUCCUUAGUAAUGAUCGGUCGAACUUGUUGUUGUACUGUUUCUUGUGUUGUUGUUUUACGCGUGACUUACCAUGCAGUUUCUCCAUCCAUCUUCUUUUUGCAGAAGACACAGAAGUAGGUCGCGAUCAACUUCUCCAACGGAUUCUCAAAAAAGUAGGUCUGCCCCCCAGAAAUAAGCCCCCCUCUAGCUUGUAUUGGAAUACUCGAUUUAUUAUAAAGUUUUGAAGCUUAAUAUAAAACCAAUACUGAAUGCAGAAGGUAUUUCAAAGAGCACUACUAUUAUCUUGUUUUGGAGCUCUUAUAUCCCCCUUGGGAUAUAAGCUCCUCCGUUUAUAAGCCCUCGUAAAACCCCUGAUGAGCGGCAGUUUACGGUAUGUCAGUAAACUCGGAUAAAACCGCUGAGUGAUAGAUGUGAACUUUUGCGGCUGAAAAGAUGUGACCAAUCGAAGUUGUUUAAAAAAGUCCAUUUCCAUUCGCAGGUCUUAAUUUCAACCGUUUCAGUUGUUAAUGUUGCAGAAGGCUUCUUAGAAAGCCGCCACGGUACACAAAUUUACCUUGGUUUCGCAUCCUUGCUCGCAAAGUCAGUUACAAAAACGCUGUCAAAUACCGCAAGGCUAAUCGUUUCUUCUAUAUAGAGGGCUCAAUAGCAAAACAGUGCAAUACAAUACUCGCCUCCUAUAGGUCACACUCGCGCAACGCUAGCAUCUGACAUGUCAUGACUACUAUAAUCACUUAACCACAAGCAACAUAUUUAUCGCUCACUGAUAUUUUGUUGCCCUCUUUUCCUAGUUCCUAUUGUGGAUAUCGACGCGCAUGCGCUGGGUGAGGACGUGGUAGAGUAUGUCUAUCCAGUCAAAGAGAAUAAAUGAUGAUGUCAAAAAGUCUGCUAAAGUUCACCUGGCUGAGUGAAGAAGGAGCCUUAACAGAUCUUUAGGAGCCUUGAUGAAAGAAUUUUAUAUAGGAGCUUAAUUUCUCGAUCUUAUCUUAACUUAUAACGCAUACAGUGCCUCGCACAUUGCCUCAUACGCGCGUGUACUAAUUUUGUACACGUACUCAGAUCCCCUGGAAAUCCAAGUACGCGACGAAUGUUUUACGACAUUGUUGUACAGCUGUAGGUUUUUGAGUGAUUUUCUUUCGAGCAGCCAAAGUAAUCAAUCUCGCAGCGGUUUGCUUUUGCAUUCAUGCCUUUCAUCCUCUGCGAAAAAUUGCUUGGUACUCCGUGUACCAUUCUUGAUCCCGAAGUUUUUUCGCAAGCCUUCGGAAUCGAGAGCACUUUCAAAAACAACCGGAACACAAAUAAGAGACAAACGAGACUUACGCACACGCGUUUGGAGAUCUGCUUGGCUUGUUUGAUUGAUUGGUCUUGUUCUGAUUGGAUAAAGUAUAUUUUGCGAAACUCAUUCUAAACCUUUCUAUGCUGCGUGGUCAGUUUAUUGCAGCUGUCUUUCUUCGGUUGUUGAUCGCCCCAGUUCAUUCUCAUCUGCAUGCAUACUGAGCGCUACGCAUGAAUCCGAUUACCACUUUACCCACGUGGCUAACACCAUUUCUUCUUUAGCGGCACGUGUUCAACUCUGCUAUAAAUCCUUAACCCUUUAGCAGUAGUCACGUGAAGAAGAAGAAAGGAACAAGACAAAAGAAAAGAAAAAUUGACCGCGCGAAGAAUGUUCUUGCGUGCUCGAAUUUCCCAUCUUCCCGUCGUUUUGGAACGGCUUGAACUCAGGCUUGGCUAGAACCGCAGAAAGAUCUUCCUUCUCUAUCUCCAUGGUUACCCUCUGUACUUCGUUAGAUAUUCAAGUAGUUAAAAAGCCAGUUUAUUAGACGAUUUUGAUCGUUGUUUUUCCUUUAGAUAAUAAGAUCUAUUCAGAUAAUCGUAGGGUGUAAAUAAAUUGGCGGACAGAUCGUGCCGUUUUCACCCCAAGAUUUAUUUUCUGAUACGUGUCAAAUAAAGCUGUCAGUGGUUACACUUUUAGAGCGGCGGUUUCUUUUUAAUCAGCAAUUAAUUUUAGAGAAUAUUGUCUAUAUCUAGACUUGUACGCUGCUUAACCAGACAGAGAAU